CGCAAAGAUGCCGGUAAUAGGACACCAGGAAUAUCAUGACAGAUUGCAGAGAAUCCGCUUGUAUCUGGGAAUGCUGAUUCAUUGGAUGCGAAUAACAGCCCCCGAAUAUAGUUAAUACUCCAGCUUCAUCUUGGAAGAAGAGACUUUUCACCCUCCUUUCUCGGUCUGCAUCCGAGUCGCGAGGUUGAAACUCACAUAGCCGCUGGAAUAGAUAUUGGGUAUAUACCCUGUUGAAUGUCAUAUCACCCUGUGGAGUGAUAUCCGAAUUGCGCCAUUAUUGUAUUCGGAUGAUUUGGAGAUAUCAAGCUACGCCUUUCUAUUUUCAGCACGGACAGAGUGAUGGCAGCCUUCAAAGCCUGCAUCUCGGUUUUUGUUCUUCCCAAACAUGGAACUUUCGACUGGCAGCCAUAGAAUAUACUAUGCUAGCGUGUGGAAUUGUUCUGUGUAUUGCCCCUGGAAUACCAAUCAAGGUGAUUGGUAGAUGGUUGGAAUAUUUUUGAUUCCUGUCUUUCGAAUUCUGCCCAAAUUGCUCAUGUUUAUAUAAUAAUUGCUAUUAUAUCACUUGAGCUGGCGGAUUAUAGAUAUUUCUGAAUAUAGAUCCCAAUUUUGAAUAUUCACACAAUGGGAUAUGUCGACAAAGCAAAUAUUCUUUUCAAAUUGAAUUAGCUGAAAAGUUCCAAUACGUUCAUUCACCAAAACUAUGAAGACCUUUAUUGAAGCCCAUUGUUGUAUUCAAUCUGGUCGAUGGUGGAUUCAUAUACGCCAACAAUGGGUCAGGCCCUGAAUCUAGCAUUUGCGGAGUGCUCUGAGGAGUUGGGUGAAAGGACUGUCAAUCCUUGGUAUACCGUUGACACCGUUGAUUUGAAUAGGAGCUUUUGGUUGAUUUCCAUGUUAUACCAGCAUUUUUAUACAACUCAUACUAUAAAGAACUGUUUGAAUCAGGAUCAAGCUUAUCUCUGUUUUCUGCGGUGGCAAACCCCUUGUUACAUGCAGAGACUGUCAACCUUCAAUAUCCAGCUUGCUAUCGUGCGCCGUGGCAACCGAACAACCCUCGUGGUUGUUGACGUUGACACACGUUUCCGCCGUUCCAGGGACCCGUAA